GAAGAUUCCCGUAUAAAAAUCCCUUCUGCAGGAGGCAAAGUGCAGAAGCAACUUGGCAACGGAUGAGAGCUGAGCGCCAGGGCAGCGAUACCGGUUCUAUCUCAGACACACAGACAGUCAGACAGACAGACAGACAGACAGACAGACAGACAGACACGCAGACACAGCAGAGGCGCAGCAACGAAGCCACAGAAAAGGCCACCAUGCUUCCAGCCCAUUGUAUGGUGUCCUGUUUGCUUAUCAGCGCAGUCACCAGUACAACACCAGCGGAGUCCUCCUCCUCUGCUCCUGUCUCGUUACUUACCAGCACAACACCAGCAGAGUCCUCCUCCUCACCUCCUGUCUCGUCACUUACCAACACAACACCAGCAGAGUCCUCCUCCUCACCUCCUGUCUCAUCACUUACCAGCACAACACCAGCAGAGUCCUCCUCCACUGCUCCUGCCUCAUUACUUACCAGCACCAUCUACAAUGACACUGCUCACAGCACUGAAACUCCAGCACUCCCCACCACGUCCACAAGUACAGAGCAGGCUUCCAGCACUUCCUCUCCCACCACAGUGCCCACCACCGAGGGAGAGGGGCUGUGGGCCGGGGAUAUUGUCGGGAUCACCGUGGGAAGCGUGGCUGGGGUGGCAGUAUUUGGUGUCGGGAUUGCUGUUGGACUAAAGUUCCUGGGGAAAGGAUUCAACACAGUCCAGCCCAACAGAGGGAGCCCUCCCAGUGACAUCCAGCUGGAGUGCGGGGACAAGACAGCGGAGCGGAACACAGAGGAAGUGACGGGGGAAGCGGGUCCGAGCGAAGACCCUGGAGUGGGAGACUGAAGAUUCCCAGUCAGGUCCUUCUUAACAGCUAGGUUUUUUUUUUUUUGUUCGAUAUCUUCAUUUGAAAUCUGCUAUCUUUGUUCUUCCGGUUGCUGCUGUUGUACUGGGUUUUUAUAGCGCCUUGUCGUCAUGCAGCCGUCAAAGUGCGUGUAACCCUUAGAAAAGUCUCCCAUAGUAAAAGCAUAGCAAAGUGUAACUGAGCAUAGUGAAAGCAUGGGAAAGCACAGGCAUGCAUUGUGAAGAACAACAAGAGAUGCAAAAAUACUGUGCAAAAAUACUCCAGUAAGCUUUUAUAAGGGAAGGCUCUAAAAAAAACCUGGUAUAACAGCAGCAAACAAAUGUAUAAAAAUAAAAUCAUUCAGAAAACAGAAUGUGGUCAAGUCAGAACCUUCAGUUAGCACUGGUGUAACUAAUAUUGGUUCCCUUGAAUAUUUGUUCCCAUCAGCAAACAUUUGUUCCCCCCCAACAUGUGUGUUUGUUAUUUAUCCUAUUUUUAAGUGCUGCAUGCGUAAUGCUAUAAAUGAGAGCACUGUAGCCAGGCUGUUAUCGUGUAUUACUGUAAGGGAGACGGGACCGGCUUUGGGUUAGGUUUAAGGAAAGUGGUCUCAAAAUUAAGGUUUUAGUUGAAGUGCAUUGAUAUAGACUUAUAUGCAAAGAAAGAUGACUUUGUUACAAAAAAAUAAGAGGGUACAAAUAUUCGGAAGGGGAACCAAUAUUCCCGAAAAUUGUUUCUAAGGGAGUACGAAUAUUCAUUCCUGGAGGAACAAAUAGUCAGAGGGAACAUAUAUUCAUCAAUCCAGUCUGUAUAGAAGAGUGACUCUAGUCUUUCAUGAACAGGUCAUUUCACGCUCCAGUAUGUGAUUUUAAAAAGGAUAUUCAAACAUGAAAAAAGCCAUGCUGGUCCCCGGCAGCGCUAACUAGAAAAGAGGGCUACUGAAUACAUUCUCUGGCAAAUCAGGGUUCAAAUAAAAUCAAUAACUACCAGAACAAGUUGUUUGG